UUCUCUGUCUCCUUUCGAGCGCACGGAUAUCUUUCGCAAUGCCACGGAUUAACAUUAAAGUGGCACAGAGACCGUGGCCGGGACUGUAGGCUAUUCAAGCGUAGGACCGCGACAUCGGUACAGUUGGUUUGUUAUAUGUCAUGGAAAUAACUUGGGACGGAUUCGCAAACGAGUGGGGGAAAUGACAAUCCCCACUGUCCAGGGUUUGGCUCUGUGUUCCUAAAAGGUUUUCUCGAUAAUGCCGCAUUUGAAACGGAUCGAACGACAACCCCGGGACUCGCUCCUGUCUGGGUUUCUACUAUGUGUGGUUCUCGCCGCUGGCAGUGCCAGCAUGCCAGCUGGGGGUAAGUGUCCACAGCACAUAGACUGUGCCCGCGAGGGGAGGCACUUCUGCAAACCUGGCACCUCCUACUGUGGCCCUUGUCUAAACCCAUUGGAGGAGAACAAGGAAGGACUGUGUGUGGCAAGGAAGAGGCAUCUCCAUGGUCAAGUGACACCCUUCUCUCGUAUAGAAGAAGAGAUUGACUAUCUUCACUCUGUCAUUGCCAAACAGGAAGUGGCAGAGGUUAUACAAUCAAAACAAUCAGACUCCCCCUCCAAGGCAGAACCUAAGACACAAACAGAGGCUCCCAGAAAGAAAGGCCAAGCUCAGUUCUCAACUGGGCAGCCCACCACUACUGGGCUCUCCACAUGGACACCUCUGCGUGUAACAGGGGCUCCGGGGAAGCUGGGGCAGGAGGAACCUGGAGGACCCGUAGCUGUCCCAUACCCCUCCAACGACACUCUUCUCAUCAUUGUGAUUUCUGCAUGUGCCAUCGUUGGCACCCUGGCCCUGAUCUUGGCUGCAGUUUGCUGGGUCAGGGUGAAGAACGAAUCACAUCUGGCCCGGAAGGUUGACUACACUGCAUAUGGAGGCCCUGGGAAAGGAAUAGCGAAUGGAACUUCAUCAGGGGAUAAAACAUUGGCCCAGAGUGCACAGAUGUUUCACUACCAACAUCAGAAACAGCUGAUGCUCUCCAUGGAAAAACAUAAAUCCGAGGCUAAGGUCGCUGACACAGAAGCCACAUCAGAUGAUGAUGAAGUGGGCGGAGACUUCACUGUGUACGAAUGCCCUGGACUUGCCCCGACUGGUGAGAUGGAAGUGAAGAAUCCUUUGUUUGAUGACUCUACACUGCCGGGGGAGUUUCAAGUGAAAGACAUAUAGACGUUUAUGCAUGCGUACAGGCACAUAUACACACACCGUAGAAAUAUAACACAACCCUAAACACAAGUCCUUUCUUGUACUCCGGACAAAUACCACCUGAACUGAUUAAAGUGGAAUUAAAAAGAAUGGAAGCUCACAGAUGAUCUGUUUAUCUAUUGCAUAGUUCUGCGAUAGAUCAGAUAAUCUGUAUUUAGUAUAGAUCAGCGAUGGAUCAGAUGAUAUAUGUAUCUCUAGUAUAGAGUAGUGAUGGAUAGAUCAGUAACAUCCCUUUUGUACUGGAUCUACAACCAUGCUCAACAAGGGCAUCCCAAGUGUGACCAACGCCAGCCCUAUGGUUCCUGCGCUGUAAGAGUAAGAGCUUUUUGGAAUUGAAUUAGUCUUUCUGUGUCCUAGGACUUGAUCACAACCUUUUCUUAUCUCUCAGAAUCAAGAUUUAGGAUUAGCUUCAUAUAAUUUGGGAUAGCACAGUUCUCAUCAUAUAAAGUACACAAUGCACAUAAUUAUUGAAAGAGUAUUGGAAAGUUGCGUAACUGAUGAUUUCUUGUGCAUGGUUUGAUUAUAUUUAAACAGGAACUGUGAUUCAGUCUCCUACAUGUAUUCAUCUUUUUACUGGAGGAGACGUGAAGUGAUAUGUAAACACUUGACUGAAUGUCAAUCGGAUUGACAAUAGCAAAUGGAUUUAUUGUUUAUUAUAUAGCUAACUAUCCUGUAUCCUCUCCCUUUGUCAUUUCCAACCCAGGUGUUGCUAAAUGUACAUACAAAGAGUGAAAGUGUUCACUUUUUAUAUAUUUGUACAUGCAAGACUAGCAUCUCGAUUAAAAGUUUUUACCACAGGUGAAACCUGCAUGAUGGCCA